UAUCGACUUGAAUUUAUCUAAAUGCCAAAGCAGCACUUUUAUAGAAAGUUAUGCAAGCGAUGCUUAUGUGUUUAAAAUGGACGUUUAGAGACAAAGAUACAGCAGACAAAUUCCUGCAACAUUAAAGUAAUCGAAUUUCUGUAAAACAAAUAGUCCUCGUAUAUCGUACUACAAUAAAAAAAAUUGUGAUAGAAUGGCGCAUACGGGAUGCAAGAAAUAUGUUAUGUGUCCCAUGUGCAAAGGCGCAGGUAAGUCUGCCUCACGUGCGGCGGUGGAAACGACUUCCUUAUCUAUUCAGCAUGAGAAUGCAAAUUCAUCACAAGUUGCAAAAACGCAAUUUGUCGAAGUAUAUUCCGGGGCUUCGGGCGACCUACGUUUUCCCACGUUAUCUGACAGUAAUAAAUAUCCGAAGGUUAAUCCUACGGAUAUUUAUGGGGAUUACGUAUCUGUGCUGGAGAACGAUUGUGUAGAAACACAAGAGGAAUUCGCGAGUCCACAUGAAGCAUUGAAACACGCCAUGCAGAGCUUAAAGCAGAAUCAAUGGCAAAGCAGUGUACCGGCUUUAACAAAGCUAAUGCACAUUUCGAGAAUUCAACCGGAAUUACUAGACUCCAACAUGCCUCGUAUAUAUCGAACAUUAUGCAGUUUACUGCGAAAUACGAGGCCGCACGUCGUUAGAACUGCCUGCCAGGUAGCGAUGGAAUUGUACAAGACAGUCCAGUGUACUCAAAGGCCUGAAUUCGAUGAACUUGCAUCUACGCUACUUUUGAAAAGCACGCAUACGAACAAAGGAAUCCGAAAUGACGCACAACGUGCCUUGGAUUCCAUGGUGUCACACUUGCCUCCUGCAACUUGUAUUCGUAUAUUGACCAAUGAACAUAGUGCUAGCCACAAGAAUCCGUUGAUAAGGGCAACUAUUAGUCGAUUGCUUUAUAAUAUUAUUAAUAUUAUUGGUGUGGAAUGUUUAUUGUCAAAUUCUAAUCUCAAAGACCUGCGCCGUAAGAUAUUCACAAUGUGUGCUAAAUUUCUUCUUGACGGUAAUAACGAAACAAGGAAUGAUGCAAAAAAGACAUUAAAAGUGAUGAUGGGUCAUCCAGAUUUUGAUAUUCUAUUUUAUCAGGAUGUAGAUUGGAAGAUUAUUAGUAGCGCAGAAAAGCAAUUAGUAUCUUUGAAAUACAGUUAAAUUCAUACUGUGUAACAUUAUUAUUAUGU